UCUUCUCCUCCCAGCACUCCCGUGUCCAGAGCUCGCCCCGCGCCGCCAAACUUCGGAGCCGCUAGCUAGGGUUUAUAUGGCCUUCAAGCUUCGAGGGUUUUGACGGGCUCUCUACGAGGUGAGGCGAGAUGCUGCGGCGGAACACGCGGCUCCGGCGGGAGUACCUGUACCGGAAGAGCCUGGAGGGGAAGGAGCGGCUGCACUACGAGAAGAAGCGCCGCGUCCGGGAGGCGCUCGAGGAGGGCAAGCCCAUCCCCACCGAGCUCCGCAACGAGGAGCUCGCACUCCGCCGCGAGAUCGACCUCGACGACCAGGACCGGGCAGUUCCGAGGAGCAUCAUCGACGACGAGUACGCUGGCGCCGCGCUCCGUGAGCCCAAGAUCCUCCUGACCACUUCGCGCAACCCGAGCGCUCCAUUGACCCAGUUUGUGAAGGAGCUGAAAGUUGUGUUCCCAAACUCGCAGAGGAUGAACCGUGGUGGUCAGGUCAUAUCAGAGAUCGUCGAAUCCUGCCGCUCGCAUGAGAUCACUGAUCUUAUUUUGGUGCACGAGCAUCGCGGGCAGCCUGAUGGUUUGAUUGUUUGUCAUCUGCCGUUAGGUCCAACUGCAUACUUCGGGUUACUCAAUGUGGUGACACGACAUGAUAUCAAGGACAGGAAGGCCAUGGGCAAAAUGUCAGAAGCUUAUCCUCAUUUGAUACUGGACAACUUCACAACCAAGACUGGUGAAAGGACUGCUAAUAUAAUGAAGCAUCUCUUUCCUGUGCCCAAGCCAGACUCAAAGCGACUAAUCACUUUUGCGAAUAGAGAUGACUACAUCUCUUUCAGGCAUCACAUCUACGAAAAACAUGGUGGCCCCAAAUCCAUCGACCUGAAGGAGGUUGGGCCCCGUUUUGAGUUGCGGCUGUACCAGAUCAAAAGAGGGACUGUGGACCAAAGUGAAGCUCAGAACGAGUUUGUGCUACGGCCGUACAUCAAUACCGCCAAGAAGCAGAAGUCUCUUGGGGCUUGAUUUGAUUUUGACUUGCACAGCAAUUUUGAUUUCUGUUUCGGCCUUGCCCACUGUAAUGUGUAACAUUAUAGCCUGAUGAUGUUUUUGAUUCAUCCUCAAAUCUUUUUCAAGUUUGAAGGGUUUCUACCCUCGUUGGGCUGUUUU